AUGGCUCCUCCCGCCGCGGGGGGCGCAGCCCGUAGCCUCCCGCUCCCGGGGACCCCCAUGCCGCCGCCGCCGCCGCUGCUCCCGCUGCUCCUGCUGCUCGCGGGGAGCGCCGGGCUGGAGAUCGAGCGGCAAUUCCCCUCGCCCACGCCGACCAACAAUUUCGCCCUGGACGGGCCCGGGGGCAAGGUGUACCUGGCGGCCGUGGACCGGCUGUACCAGCUCUCCGGCUCCAACCUGAGCCUGGAGGUGGAGGAGGUGGUGGGACCGGUGCGGGACAACCCGCUGUGCCACGCCCCGCAGCUGCCCCAGGCUUCCUGCGAGCACCCCAAGGUGUGGACCAGCAACUACAACAAGAUCCUGCAGCUGGACCCCGGGCAGGGGCUGGUAGUGGUCUGCGGCUCCAUCUACCAGGGCUUCUGCCAGCUGCGCCGCCUGGGCAACAUCUCGGCCGUGGCCGUGAGCUUCCCCCCGACGGUGGGGGGCGCCGAGCCGGUCACCGUGUUCCCCAGCAUGCUCAACGUGGCCGCCAACCACCCCAACGCCUCCACCGUGGGCUUGGUGCUGCAGCCCCCGGCCGGGGGGUCCACCGGCGGCGGUACCCGCCUGCUCGUCGGGGCCACCUACACGGGCUUCGGCAGCCAGUUCUUCCCCCGCAACCAGAGCCUGGAGGACCACCGCUUCGAGAACACGCCCGAGAUCGCCAUCCGCUCGCUCGAUGCCCGCGGCGACCUGGCCAAGCUGUUCACCUUCGACCUCAACCCCUCCGACGACAAUAUCCUCAAAAUCAAGCAAGGCGCCAAGGCUCGCCACAAGCUGGGCUUCGUCCGCGCCUUCCUGCACCGGGGCAGCGGCGGCCGGGCGGCCCGCCGCCCGGCCGCCUUCGCCUACUUGGCCCUGAACAGCGAGGCCAACGCGGGCGACAAGGAGAGCCACUCGCACAGCCUGCUGGCCCGCAUCUGCCUGGCCGCGGGGCCCGGGGCGGGCGCCGCCGCCGAGACCAAGAAGCUCACUGAGUCCUACAUCCAGCUGCGGCUGCACUGCGGGGGCCCGGCGGGUGGAGAGGUCUUCAACCGCCUGGUGUCCGUGUUCCCGGCCUCCGCGGGCCCGGCCCGGCCCGAGGAGCUGCUGUUCGGCGUGUUCGAGAGGGCGGCGGGCGGCGGCGGGGUGUCCGGGACCCGCCCGCAGUCCGCCCUGUGCGUCUUUCGCUUCGCCGACAUCGAGGGCGCCAUCCGGGCCGCCCGCAACGCCUGCUUUGUAGCCCCCUCGCCGGACGUGGUGACCGUGCUGGACAGCGUGGUUCAGGGAACCGGCCCGGCCUGCGAGAAGAAGAGGAACAUCCAGCUUCAGCCGGAACAAUUGGACUGUGGAGCAGCCCAUCUCCAGCACCCUUUGGCCAUUAUGCAGCCCCUCAAGGCCACACCCAUUUUCCGAUACCAGGGCCUCACUUCUGUGGCUGUUUCCAGUGUCAACAACUACACUGUGGUAUUCCUGGGGACCUCAACUGGGAGACUCCUUAAGAUUAAUCUGAAUGACACCAUGAAGGUUAUUAGCAGGAAGUCCAUUACCAUAGCUUAUGGUGAAGCUGUGCAUCACAUCAUGCAGUUUGACCCUUCAGAUCCCAGCUACCUGUACCUGAUGACUUCCCACCAGAUGGCCCGGGUGAAAGUUGCAGUUUGUGACCAAUACACCACCUGCACAGACUGCCUGGCUGCGGCUGACGCUUACUGUGGAUGGUGCACUAUGGAGACCAGGUGUUCCUUGCAGCACGAGUGUGCCAACUCUAGUGAGCUACACUUCUGGACCAGUGCCAGUGAGGGGGUGCAACGGUGCCCGUCUAUGUCCAUCCUGCCCUCAGAAAUCAACAUUGACCAGGAGUACUCGGGCAUGAUCAUUCAGAUCAAUGGGAACAUGCCAAGUCUCAGUGGGAUGGAGAUGGUGUGCGACUAUGGGAACAACAUCUACACCAUGGCCAGAGUCCCCAGCUCAGACUUCAGUCCCCAGAUGGCUUACUGCAACUUCCUCCCAAGGGACCGCUACCCAGUCUUUCCUCCAAACCAAGACCAUGUGACCGUCCAGACGGCCGUGCGAGUCAAUGGCAGGAACAUCGUCUGGGCCAAUUUCACCAUCUAUGACUGCAUGCUCACUGGCAGAGUCUACCCUCACACGGCAUGCACCAGCUGCCUGUCGACGAAAUGGCCCUGUUUUUGGUGCAAUGAGCAGCACACAUGUGUCUCCAACGUUUCCGAAUGUGGGAAUGCGCUGAACCCCAGGAACAGCACGGAUUGCCCUCGGAUCUUGCCGACGUCACUGGCUCCUGUACCUACGGGUGGCUCUCAGAGCAUUCUGGUCUCCCUGGCCAGUGCAGAUUUUUCCCAGGGUGCAGCUCUGGAGUGCAGCUUUGGAAUUGAUGAGACGUUUGAAGCCACCUGGGUCAACUCUUCAGCAGUGCAAUGCAGCAAUGUUGUGCUCCACACAAACAAAAAGAGCCAGAUUUUUCCAGUAAACCUUCAGCUGAAGGAUAAACCAGAGAGAUUUAUUGACAGCCCAGAGAUGAUGACAGUGGAGGUGUACAACUGUGCCAUGGGCAGCUCAGACUGUUCCCAAUGCCUGGGGAGAGAAGAUCUGGGGCAUCGUUGUAUCUGGAGUGAGGGCUGCCGACUCUAUACCCAUCACCAACCCAUCACCAUGCCGUGCCCUGCACCUGAGAUCAGGAAAAUCGAGCCCCUGAAUGGACCCCUGAACGGAGGAACUCUUCUAACCAUCAGAGGGAGAAACUUGGGCCGCCGGUUCAGCGACGUGGCACACGCAGUCAGGAUUGGCAGUGUGGAGUGUGAGCCACUCCCAGACAGAUACACUGUCUCUGAGGAGAUUGUGUGCUGGACUGGAGCAUCCCAGAGUAUCUUUUCGGACGUUGUGACGGUGAAUGUGAGCAAGGAGGGAAAGUCCCGGGAGCGCUAUUCCUAUGUGCUCCCAGUGGUAUACUCCAUGGAACCAGAUGUUGGCCCCAAAGCUGGAGGAACCAAAGUGACCAUCCGAGGAAGUGACCUAGAUGUGGGGUCUGAGCUCCAUGUCCUCAUCAAUGACACCAAGCAGUGUACAGAUCUCAUGCGCAUAGACAGCACCAUCACAUGCACCAUGCCAAGCGUGGAGCUGACCACUACAGUGAGGGUCUGUGUCCAGUUUGAGAACAAGUCCUGCAUGAGCAGCAACAUCACUUUUAACUACAUGAAAAAUCCAGUCAUUACAGACAUCAACCCCAAGAAGAGCCUGAUCAGCGGAGGGAGGGUCAUCACAGUGGAAGGUGAACGGUUCCAUAUGGUGCAGAAUGUGUCUAUGAUGGUGAGGCACAUCGGAAAGGAGCAGACGAUCUGCAAGGUGCUCAAUUCCACCCUCAUCAUGUGCCCCUCCCCUGGGGCCCUGUUCAACAAGUCAGAGCCUGUAGAUUUCUACAUCAAUGGGCGGUGGUAUGUUGAAGAUCAAGCAGCCCCUGAGGAGCCCGGAGACCUCGAGGAGGCCCUACACAGCAGCAAAUUCAGCCUGGAGUACCAUCCUGAUCCACAGUUCUCCACUGCAAAGAAGGAGAAGUGGAUUAAACACCAUCCCGGAGAACCGCUGACCCUGGUCAUCCAUAAAGAACCCGACAGUCUGGGCCUGGAAAGCCAUGAGUACCGAGUGAAAAUCGGACAGAUUUCAUGUGAGAUCCAGAUAGUCUCAGAUAGAGUCAUUCACUGCUCAGUCAACGAGUCCCUCAGCACAUCCGAGAGGCAGCUGCCCAUCACGGUCCAGGUUGGGAAUUUCAACCAGACCAUUGCAAUGUUGCAACUGGGAGGGAUUGAGACAGCCAUCAUCGUCUCUAUCGUCAUCUGCAGUAUCCUGCUUCUUCUGUCAAUUGUCGGCCUAUUUGUGUUCUGCAACAAGAGUCGUCGGGCUGAACGCUACUGGCAGAAAACGUUAUUGCAGAUGGAGGAAAUGGAGUCUCAGAUCCGUGAAGAAAUCCGCAAAGGCUUCGCCGAGCUACAGACGGACAUGACGGACCUGACCAAGGAGCUAAAUCGCAGUCAGGGGAUCCCCUUCUUGGAGUAUAAGCAUUUCGUGACCCGCACAUUUUUUCCCAAGUGUUCUUCCCUAUAUGAGGAGCGCUACAUACUGCCUUCCCAGCCAUACAACUCCCAGGUGGGCUCACGGGUCCAGGAAACCCAUCCAUUGCUGCUGGGAGAAUGGAAAAUUCCUGAGAGCUGCCGUCCCAAUAUGGAGGAAGGGAUUGCACUGUUUUCCACCUUGCUCAACAAUAAACACUUCCUGAUUGUCUUCGUCCAUGCACUGGAGCAGCAGAAAGACUUCGCAGUUCGAGACAGGUGCAACCUGGCGUCUUUGCUCACAAUUGCUCUGCAUGGGAAGUUAGAAUACUAUACCAGCAUCAUGAAGGACCUCCUGGUGGAUCUCAUCGAUGCCUCAGCCUCCAAGAACCCCAAGCUGAUGCUGCGGAGGACAGAGUCAGUGGUGGAGAAGAUGCUCACGAACUGGAUGUCUAUUUGCAUGUACAGUUACCUCCGGGAAACAGUAGGCGAACCCUUCUUCCUGCUGCUCUGUGCAAUCAAACAGCAGAUCAAUAAGGGAUCCAUUGACGCCAUCACUGGGAAAGCCCGCUACACCCUGAAUGAGGAAUGGCUACUGAGAGAAAACAUCGAAGCCAAGCCUAGGAACCUCAACGUGUCCUUCCAAGGCUGUGGCAUGGAUUCUCUGAGUGUGCGGGCCAUGGACACUGAUACACUGACCCAGGUGAAGGAGAAGAUCCUGGAGGCUUUCUGCAAGAAUGUCCCCUACUCCCAGUGGCCCAGGGUGGAGGAGGUGGAUCUGGAGUGGUUUGCAUCAAGCACCAACAGUUACAUUCUCCGGGACCUGGAUGACACAUCAGUGGUAGAAGAUGGUCGAAAGAAACUGAACACAUUAGCACAUUAUAAGAUCCCAGAAGGAGCUUCCUUGGCCAUGAGCCUGACGGACAAGAAGGAUGGCACUCUGAGUCGAGUGAAGGAUUUGGACACUGAAAAGUAUUUUCAUUUAGUCCUUCCUACUGAUGAACUGAUUGAGCAUAAGAAGUCACACAGACAGAGCCAUAGGAAAAAGGUUCUUCCAGAGAUCUAUCUGACCAGAUUGCUCUCAACAAAGGGCACACUGCAGAAAUUUCUAGAUGACCUAUUCAAAGCCAUCCUCAGCAUCCGUGAGGACAAGCCACCCCUGGCUAUCAAAUACUUCUUUGAUUUCCUGGAAGAGCAGGCUGAAAAGAGGGGAAUCACUGAUCCAGAUACUUUGCACAUUUGGAAAACCAACAGCCUACCUCUGAGGUUCUGGGUCAACAUCCUGAAGAACCCCCAGUUUGUCUUUGACAUCGAUAAGACCGAUCACAUAGAUGCCUGCCUUUCGGUCAUCGCCCAGGCCUUCAUUGACGCCUGCUCCAUCUCCGACCUACAGCUCGGCAAGGAUUCACCAACCAAUAAGCUUCUAUAUGCCAAGGAGAUUCCAGAAUAUCGAAAAAUCGUACAGAGAUAUUACAAGCAGAUUCAUGACAUGCUGCCUCUCAGUGAGCAGGAAAUGAAUGCCCAUCUGGCUGAGGAAUCUCGGAAAUACCGGAAUGAAUUCAACACCAAUGUUGCCAUGGCUGAAAUCUAUAAAUAUGCCAAGAGAUACCGUCCUCAAAUUGUAGUUGCACUAGAGGCAAACUCCACAACUCGGAGGACCCAGCUGCAGCACAAGUUCGAGCAGGUGAUAGCCCUCAUGGAGGAUAACAUCUACGAAUGCUGCAGUGAAGCCUAAGACUCACUCCCAGACUGCACCCACGCCCCCCCGCAAAGUGACCUUCUACCCAGUGCACUGCUGAUGAUGAGAUGUGUCUUUAAACAAAGUAUAUAUGUGUGUAUAUAGAGAGACAAUAGAUAUCUAUUUUAUGGUGUAUUGUACCUUGAGGAGGAGAGCAGCCCUAAGCUGAAGUCCCAGAAAUGUGUGGUGGGAUGAGAGCCACUGAAGAGGUUUCACUUGGCUUUUGUGAGACACCGAGGGCAGAAAGAGAUGGGAAACUGCCCUAGCCUCAUCAGGCAGCCCUUUCCAGAGCCAUGCAGAGGGCUUCCUGGGAAGAAGGGCCAUUAACUGGGGCAAAUGGCCAGAAGACCUGGCCCCAUCUGAGCCAAAACAGAAGAGCCUCCUCCCCCACGGCAUCCUGGCACCAGCAGGGGGACACUCACCCCUGUAGUCUUCACCACCUCAUGUCUGUGUGUCCAAGGCAGAGGUUGGGGUGGGGGUUUUUUUGUUAGGCCUGCACUGUAUAUUGGCAGCUCAACCACUCCUUAUGCAGGGAUGCUGCAGGGCAGACUCAAGAAUCAGUUUGCUUUCCCUCGUAAUAGUAGAUGACAGAGUCAAGGUGUGUGAAAGCACUUUAAUCCUCUCCCUCCCCCAGGGAAAGGGGCCGGUGGUUAGC